AGGAACGAAGCCAGGCCGGGCGCGGUUCCGGGCGCUCCGAGAAGCUGCUCCGUGCCGGGCUCGCCGUCUGCAUGGGGAAGCGGCCCUGUCCGGCUCCCUCCUCGCUGCUCGGAGCGGCUGAGGCAGGCGAGGGGACCGCGGGGCAGAGGCGGCUUGACGGCGGGGCUCGGCCGGGCCGGGAGAAGCGCCGGAGGCCGCUUAUGGAGGACGAGGAGGAGGAGGAAGAAACGGCCGCCCUGCGGGAGCCCAGCCGAGAGAGUUUGUCACCAAAUGAAAUGGAUGAAGAACAGCCUUGCAAUUCCAACUUGAAAGAAGAAGUAAGAAAACGUCAGGAUUCAAAUCAAGGUUCCCGGGGCAGCAAUUCUUCCAGGAUGUCUAGAAAAAGCUUCCGAUUGGAUUAUCGACUGGAGGAAGACGUAACCAAGUCGAAGAAGGGUAAAGAUGGCAGGUUUAUGAACCCCUGGCCAACCUGGAAACCAGUAAGCUUCCCAAAUGUCUUGAAGUGGAUUUUUACAGAAAAGGACAACAGCAAAGUCCCCAGUUCAAAACAGGUGCUUGACAUGCACCUCCCGGUGUUGACACCUUAUUUUGUCCAAAACCCUGAACUGUUCGGAAAGACCGGAGUUGGUAUGCGAGUAACGUGGCUCGGACAUGCGUCGGUGUUGGUAGAAAUGGAUGAAGUCACCUUUAUUACCGACCCCAUCUUUAGCCAGCGGGCUUCCCCGGUGCAGUUUCUGGGCCCUAAACGUUUCCGAGGCCCUCCGUGCACCGUCAGCGAACUGCCCAAGAUAGACGCGGUGUUGAUCAGCCACGAUCAUUACGACCAUCUGGAUUACCUCACGGUUGUAAGUUUAAAUGCGCGUUUCGGCAGUGAGUUGCGGUGGUUCGUGCCGCUGGGCCUUUUAGACUGGAUGCAGAAAUAUGGCUGCGAGAAUGUCAUCGAACUGGAUUGGUGGGGAGAGAACUGCAUUCCUGGCCACGACGCCGUUACCUUUGUUUUCACUCCUGCUCAGCAUUGGUCCAAAAGGACCGCCACGGACGAAAACAAGGUUCUUUGGGGAAGCUGGUCGGUUCUGGGUCCCUGGAACAGGUUCUUUUUCGCGGGAGACACUGGCUACUGCGUCGCCUUUGAGGAAAUAGGGAAACGGUUUGGGCCGUUCGAUCUGGCAGCCAUUCCCAUCGGAGCCUACGAGCCAAGGUGGUUUAUGAAAUCCCAACAUGUGAACCCUGAAGAAUCAGUACAGAUCCACAUUGACGUACAAGCAAAAAAAUCCAUUGGGAUUCAUUGGGGAACUUUUGCUUUAGCCAACGAGUACUGCUUAGAUCCACCUGUGAAACUGAAGGAAGCUCUUGACAGACACAGAUUGCAAACGGAAGACUUCUUUGUUUUGAACCACGGAGAAUCACGAGAUUUAAAUAUUAAUGAUGACGGAUUUGAAUAGAAGCAGAAAAACUUCUUAUUAACCAUAACUGGGGUGGGUGGUGGGAAAUAAGAGUGAAUAUUUUUUUUUGUAAAACAAAAAUUAAAUAGGCUUUUGAAGAUUUCAGGCGUGCUUAAUUUUAACCACCUCUUUUAAAAAAUCUUGCAUAUCGAUUUGGUAACUUGAUUUUUGAUGGACAAAUUUCCGUGGAGAGCGUUAACCGAGCUACAAAUAACUUUUAAAUAAACAGGGAUUCUUUUAUUGGAACAGUAUAAAAUAACUGCUAAGAAUUAAUUUCCAACCAGACACUCUUUAACAGCAUGUGUUCAGUGCUUGAUGGAGCCUGGUUGCAUGUAAAAAUGAAUGUAAAUUUUAGUCCGACUACUAAUAUGCAAAUCAGUGCUGAUGAGACUUGCCUAAUACAGGUAUGUGUGGUGGUGGUAAGAAUUGUAGAAUCCUUCAGCCCUCUCCCAUUUAUUAACUAAUCCAGAGGGGAACAAAAAAAUUGUGCGUGAAGAUGCUGGGAUAAAAACACAAGGCUACCCAAAAACGACACCUUUGUAUUCAUAACCAGGUGUUGGAUUUAUACACGAAUUGAAAACCGUUCCUGGCAUGCCGUUGGGUUAACUCAGAAAUCACUAUUUUCUAUGCGUGUUUAACCAGACACGAACCCUACAUUAAAAGGCAGGCUGAAAGGCAUUUAGCAAUUUAUACCAUGGAUCAUUUUUUUGGAACACACAUUCCUACAGCAUGGCUGGUUUUUAAAAUAUUGAUGCAAACCUGACAAUAUUUUUAAAGUUUCACGUACAACCCAUAUACCAAGGGCCUUCAAAACUUGGCAAGUUUGAGACUUGUGGACUUCAACUCCCAGAAUUCCUGAGCUAACAUGACUCUGGGAGUUGAAGUCCACAAGUCUUAAAGCUGUCAAGUUUGAAGACCCCCUGCCGUAUACAGUAGUGAUUGUGGUGGAAUCUGUGUUUUGAACCCGGCACCUUUACAAUGGGCCAAGGACUUUUCAAACUCUCUCACCCAGAGGGUAUGCCAGGUGCCUUCGAAGCUGUUGAAUUGUAGGAUUUGAAAUGAGUCUUCCAACGUAAAGUUGCUGCUAAAGCACAUUUUAAGGAAAACCCAGAUUUUACCAAAUGCUUACACACACGUUUAACUUGCAAACACGGAAGCUUUGAUUUGAAACGAUCCAUUGAAACGUGCCUUUCCGAGAGUUUCUUAAUCUGGAAA